AUGAUAAAAGAUACACACUAUGAUCAUUUUUUUAAAAUUAUAAUUUUAGGAAAUAAAGAUAUAAAUAAAAAAGAUUUCAUAGAUAAUUCAUUUUCUGAAUUUAAUUUAGAAAAAAAUAAACUUCAACAACAACAAAUAAAUAUUCAACAAACUCUAAAUAGUGAAUCAAAAAUUAGAUUGUUUCAAUAUGGCAAUAAAAGAAUAAAACUACAAUUGUUGAGAUAUGACCCAGGAGUAGGAGAUUCAACUAUUUCUAAAGUAUUUAGAGGAACUCAUUGUUUAAUUGUAAUGUUUGAUAGUAAUAACAAAGACUCUAUUAGUAAUUUAUCUUGUUGGGUUCAAGAAUCAAGGAGGUAUUCAAAGAUUGAUACACCAAUAAUAAUAUUAGGAAUCAAUAAUACUGAUGAUGAACAAAAAUUAUAUGAACAAGAUUUAAUAGAACAAUUGGAUGAAAUUAAAAGAUCAUUCAAUAAUAAUAAUAAUACUGAAAUUCCAAUUUUUCAAAUAACUUUGAAUAAUCCAAACCCCAAUAUAUCUAAGCAACUAUUUGAUAGUAUUUUAAAAGUUUCAAUUGAAUUUCAAAAUAAAAAUGACCCCAAUAAUUUAAUAAAUAGCUCAAAUAAUAAUAAUAUCAUAAAAACAACUGCAACAACUACCACAUCAAAUGACAUGCCAACAACAAUAACUAUAUCACAAUCCCAACAUGUAUCAACCUCAAAUAACCCAAAAAGAAAAACUAAUAUAUUAUCAUUUUUAUUGUUUUGGAGAAAGUAA